CGGGACUUCUUGUUUCGCAGCCGGGGCUUCGGGGACUCGUCGCCGGCCGGCGGACAGCACGGCAUCUUCGGCCCUGCGGCCGGCAGCCUGCACCACCCGCACACGGACGCUCAGAGCCACCUCCUCUUCCCGGGCAUCCACGACCAGCAUGGCCCCCACGCCUCCCAAAAUGUUCUCAACGGGCAGAUGCGACUGGGCUUGCCGGGGGAGGUAUUCGCCCGGUCGGAUCAGUACCGCCAGGUUUCCAGCCCCAGGACUGACCCUUACUCGGCGGCUCAGCUGCACAACCAGUACGGCCCCAUGAAUAUGAAUAUGGGCAUGAACAUGGCAGCCCACCACCACCACCACCCAGGUGCCUUUUUCCGCUACAUGCGGCAGCAGUGCAUCAAGCAAGAGCUCAUCUGCAAGUGGAUCGAUCCCGAACAGCUGAACAACCCCAAAAAAAGUUGCAAUAAAACUUUCAGCACCAUGCACGAGUUGGUCACCCAUGUCUCGGUGGAGCACGUUGGGGGACCCGAGCAGAGCAACCAUGUCUGCUACUGGGAGGAGUGUCCCCGCGAAGGCAAACCUUUCAAAGCGAAAUACAAACUGGUCAAUCAUAUCCGAGUGCACACGGGAGAGAAACCCUUCCCUUGCCCCUUCCCUGGCUGCGGAAAAGUUUUCGCCAGAUCAGAAAAUCUCAAAAUUCACAAAAGGACGCACACAGGGGAGAAGCCCUUCCAGUGCGAGUUCGAAGGCUGCGACCGGCGCUUCGCCAACAGCAGCGACCGCAAGAAGCACAUGCACGUCCACACCUCGGAUAAGCCCUACCUGUGCAAGAUGUGCGACAAGUCCUAC